AUGCAUGCAGUAAGUGAAGGACGUCUAGGCAGGGUGACACAACGUGAGGAACAAGGCGGCAAGUUUUCCCAACGAAAGUCCGUGGUUGAACCCCGUACGAAGACCUGUAUGCGUUUUUCUGUGCCUUGUAUUCGGGAGUGUCAGUCUAAACGAGAAGGAGGCAAUACAACCACGGUCGUAGCUACCUAA